GUGAGUUGUCAAAUUACGUGGCUUUGGCUUUCACGUAGGGAAAACAAGCGUAUGUUCUGCUUUUGAUUUAAGAAAUAUUUUAGGGCAAAUUAUUUUCUAUUUAACAAAAUGAAAAGUUCUUGGAGAUCGCUUAGUUUCACCGUAUUAUUAGCGGCAACAUUACUGCACACAGGAAACUGUUAUACCAUCACAGUCGAUGCCCAUGCCGAGGAGUGCUUUUUCGAAAAUGUUGAAGCAGAUACUAAAAUGGGUCUGACAUUUGAAAUAGCAGAAGGUGGUUUCCUAGACAUAGAUGUAACAAUCACUGGCCCUGAUGGUGCUGUCAUAUACAAGGGAGAGCGGGAGUCAUCAGGAAUGUACACAUUCUCAGCCCCUACAUCUGGCCGAUACACUUACUGCUUCAGUAAUAAGAUGUCUACUAUGACACCUAAGGUUGUAAUGUUCCACUUGGAGAUUGGAGUAGCACCUCAAGGCCAGCCUGCUGGCAAAGAGGAGGAUGUGAACCACAACAAGUUAGAGGACAUGAUCAAGGAGCUUGCAACCACACUCAAAACUGUCAAAAAUGAACAAGAGUACAUGCAGGUACGUGACCGCAUCCACCGCGCUAUCAACGAGAGCACAAACUCAAGAGUUGUGAUGUGGUCAAUUUUCGAAGCCUGCGUCCUUCUCGUCAUGACUCUCGGACAAGUUUACUACCUCAAGAGGUUCUUUGAAGUCCAACGUGUGGUGUAAGAACAGAAAAGGUUUACUGUUUCUACAAGUUUCUACAAAAUGACAGAAAUUUGUAGCCACAGUCAGGUUUAGAAAGGAUAUAUUUCAUCUUUAAGUCAAUUUCAAGCCCUUGUUCAUCACAUCAAACCAGUUAUAAUAAGCAC